GUGUGCCCGGACUACGCGUCGGCGGCGCUGGAGGUGCUGCGGGCGCUGCGCGCGCGGCCGCGCUGCGCCGUGUGGGUGGCGACGCGGCCGUCUGCGCGCGCGCGCCUGGACGCGGCGCUGGGCGCCGGCGGCGUGCUGGGCGCGCCUCUGCACGUGGAGCUGCUGGCGGAGGCCCUGGCGGCGGGCGAGGGCGACGCUGACGGCGCGGACGCUGACGACGACGACGACGACGACGACGAGGAGGAAAACACCGAGGACGAGCGCGACGGUGACAAGGGAGGCGAGAGAGGUCACCGGCGCCGCCGUCGUCCCCGCUUCGUGGACCUUGUGGAGCGCCUGGUGCAGCGCAAGUUCGAGGUGUACUGCUGCGAGAAGCUGCGCAAGGACCCGACGUUCCCGGCGGUGCGGCAGGAGAUGGAGGCGACGCUGCGGCCGCUCUUUCUGGAGGAGCACGGGCUGGCGGCGCUGAGCGCCGUGCUGGGCCGCGACGAGCAGGCGGCCGUGGGGCUGCCCGCGCACGAGGCGCGCCUGCGCGCCUUCCUCCUCAAGGUACCUCCCUUCCUCUUCCCCUUUCUCUCCCUUGGAACUACAUCCCCUUUCGUGGUGUAG